AUGCGGCUUGUCACGUCGCUGCCCUUGCGCCGCGUCCCGCUCAAGACGACUGCAGCCAUCACGUCUUGCCCAUCAGUAGUAGCAACAGCCUCCAUCCACACGCAUCCCGCACAACCGGCCAAGGUCUCGCCCAUAUCUGGCAUUGGCCCGCCGCCACCACCGCCGCCGCCCCCGGCACAGGUCUCCCCCGACUCCGCCUCCAGGAUCCUCCGCCGGAGGACCCAAGUCGAGCUGCUGCGCAAAGCCAAGGACCUCCGUGCUGCCAGCGCCAGCAAAGCCACCGGCGGUACAUUUACCAAGCGCUUCUGGAAGGAGGUGCAUGUGCGCGAGGUCGAUAGAGCAUACGAGAUCCAUCUCGACACGCGGCCGUUGCGACGGCCCAACAGCAAGACUCCCGUGCGCAUCCCGCUGAGCAAGCCGCACCUGGCCCACGCGGUAGGCAUUGAGUGGGACCAGCUGGUUUCGGUGCAGGAGGCGACCAGGCAGCACCUGAUCCCGCUGACGUCGACGGUGUGCCGGGCGCUGGACAUUGCCGACGACGACGCGGCGCACGCCGGAUCGCCGCCCGCGCCCAUCCGCGCCAGGCUGACCGAGUCGCUCCUCCGCUACCUCGACACGGACAGCCUGCUGUGCUGGGCGCCGCCGCCCGACUUGCAUAACCCCCUCAACAAUAACAACAUGACCAACGCGGCCGGCGAGACGCUGCACGACGUGCAGGCCCGCGUCGCCGCCGUCAUCGUAGCCGACCUCACCACGUGCGCCUGGCCCGGCGUCACCAUUAUCCCCGUCUUCGAGGGCAACUCCAUCUUCCCCCGCUCCCAGGCCCCCGGAACCCGCGACAUCAUCCAGAGCUGGAUCCUGCGGCUCUCGAGCUGGGAGCUGGCGGGUCUCGAGCGCGCCACGCUCGCCGGCAAGAGCUUGCUCGUCGGCGCCCGGCUGGUGCUCGAGUGGAGCGAGGAAGGUGCCGGCGCCGUGGCCGAGGAGUCGAAGGUCAAAGGAGGUGAUAGCAAGAGCAGCAGCAGCAGCAAAGAGCUGUUUGGCGUCGAGGAAGCCGCCCGCGCCUCUAGCCUCGAGGUGUCGUGGCAGACUGGCAAAUGGGGCGAGGUCGAGGACACCCACGACGUAGAGAAGGAGGACCUCCGCCGACAGCUCGGCAGCGUGGUGCUCCUCGUCUCCGGGAACGGCUCGCUCAAGAGGUGA